GUGCCCCGGCGGCCUCCCCCUUGUCCCUCGGUUCGAGUCCUUCCCCCUGCUUUGCUAGUGACAAGACUUAGCCAUGAUGCAGGAAGGCCUGGAUGAUGGACCCGACUUCCUGUCAGAGGAGGACCGAGCGCCAAGGGCCAUUAAUGUUGAUCUGCAGCCAGAUGCAACCCUUCAAGUUGAUAUUUCAGAUGCACUGAGCGAGAGGGACAAAGUCAAAUUUACGGUUCAUACCAAGAGCUCAUUACCAAACUUCAAGCAGAACGAGUUUUCCGUAGUCAGGCAACAUGAAGAGUUUAUCUGGCUCCAUGAUUCCUUUGUAGAGAAUGAGGAAUAUGCUGGGUAUAUUAUUCCUCCUGCCCCGCCAAGGCCAGAUUUUGAUGCUUCCAGGGAGAAACUACAGAAACUUGGGGAAGGGGAAGGAUCAAUGACCAAGGAGGAGUUUACCAAAAUGAAGCAGGAACUUGAAGCAGAGUACCUGGCUAUCUUUAAGAAAACAGUUGCAAUGCAUGAAGUCUUCCUGUGCCGAGUUGCAGCUCAUCCCAUUCUUAGGAAAGAUCUCAACUUCCAUGUCUUUUUGGAGUACAAUCAAGACUUAAGUGUCCGAGGAAAGAACAAAAAAGAAAAGUUAGAAGACUUCUUCAAGAGCGUGGUUAAGUCAGCUGAUGGAGUCAUCGUUUCUGGCACCAAGGAUGUGGAUGAUUUCUUUGACCACGAGCGAACUUUCCUUGUUGAGUACCACAAUCGAGUAAAGGAUGCAAGUGCCAAAUCAGAUAAGAUGACACGAUCCCAUAAAAAUGCAGCAGAUGACUACAACAGAAUAGGCUCAUCAAUGUACACCCUGGGGACACAGGACAACUCAGAUAUAUGCAAAUUUUUCUUGAGAGUCUCAGAGUUAUUCGACAAAACUCGUAAAAUUGAAGCUCGAGUGGCAGCUGAUGAAGACCUAAAGCUUUCGGACCUCCUUAAAUACUAUUUAAGAGAAUCACAAGCUGCUAAGGAUCUUCUGUACAGAAGAUCUCGGUCUUUGGUGGAUUAUGAGAAUGCCAAUAAAGCACUAGAUAAAGCAAGAGCAAAGAACAAGGAUGUUUUAGCAGCGGAAACCACACAGCAGUUGAGCUGUCAGAAGUUUGAGAAGAUAUCAGAAUCUGCAAAGCAAGAACUUAUGGACUUUAAAACCCGGAGAGUGGCAGCAUUUCGCAAGAACCUUGUAGAACUGGCUGAACUGGAACUAAAGCAUGCCAAGGGUAACUUACAGCUCCUGCAAAGCUGUUUGGCAGUGUUAAACGGCAGACCAUAAAGCACACUCCGUCCUUAUUUCCAUAAUAAUAGACCCUCCUUCCACAUCCUAGAGUUAUCACUUUCCUUGGAUGAACGUCAUCGGCGUUCCCAGCUCGGCAGAGGAUGAUCUCAUGCACAGAAAAUGGGCAGCCUCCAAAUAAGAACCAGCCAAGUGCUUGUAGGCCCGCUCUAUGUAUCCAUGUGUACCUUUAUUUAGUCCAGGGAGGGUCAGCCUUGGCAUCCCAGCUGAACUGCAGUAUUGGAUGUUGCGAGUUGUAGUUCUACAGUGAGCCACAAGCUGACACUUCCUGAUUUACUCAUUGUAUGCUUUCUGUCCUUCACAAUAUGAUUCAUCAUUUCUCCUUGUGAAGAUAAAUACUCCUCUUGUUAUGAAUUGUAUUACAUAACGCUGCCAAUCUUAUUUACCAAUAUAUGUUAAUCUUGGAUGAUGUUAGAUAUUCACGGUUCGAAUGGGUUUAAUAUUUGUCAUUAGUCGUACGUGUCGUAUAUCUUACCCCAGGUUCCAUGUAAUAAAUUUUUUUAAGCCUCUGUUACCUUGAUUUACCGGACUCUAUAUUUUUUUUAUCAGACAUUUCUUAGAUAUCUCAGAGCGCUCCAAUUAUCUUUUUACAUUUGUUCCUAACGCUAAUGCAUCAAUAUGUUUGCCUUAACUUGUAGACUUAAAACAAAUUGUAAAAUAAACUGUGAAUCCGAUUAUUUUUAA